AUGAUAAGUUAAUCAGAACUUUAGAAUGAAAUUAAACAAUUCAUAAAAGAAUCAAAUUGGAACUAAGUAGUGCAAGAAUAAAUUAGUUAAUUUGAAGCUUUCUUGCUUACUAAUCCUUGGCUAUUUGUAUAUGAAUAGCCAACUAAUUUAGCGCAUUAUCUCUAUUUUUUAACUACAAAUAAUCAAUCUAAACAAUAAUUAUAAUCUAUGCUCUAUUAACUUUUAGUUGAAUAAUGCCAAUUAACUAAAAUCAAAAGAUCAUAUUUGAUAACUAGUUUCACUUUAUUAUUUAUCCCUCACAAUCUGGCAAUUUUAUAAAAAUAUAAAUGA